GGGGACGAAAGGAGUUUAAGAAUGCCGUAAUGGACAUUGAACAGGGCCCAGUUUCCCGAUACCGAUGGAGUUUAGGAAUAUGCCGGGCAUGCACACAUUUUCAUGAUCGGGGUGAAAUCCUAUGAACUUGGGCUAGGAUCAGUACUCCGGGAAUUGGGUUGUUUGAGCGGGUCAAGGACGGACCGAUGAUGGCUUUUCCGUUCUCCAGACCCCUGUUAGAUGCAACAGUGUUCAACUGCAGCCCGCAAUUCCGGGGUUCCUGCAUGAACGCCCCUCUCCCUCAGCACAAUAUCAUCAUGCUUAACCCUCUGCAACUGGACACGGACAUUUAUAAGAUACCUUUCCCCGAAUCGAGAACGAAGACGGUAUCGCCAAGGGCAGUGUCUCAGGUAUGGACUGGAUAGCUGUGUUCACAUCCUUGGAGGCGGUGUGUGAGGAAAACAUUACUGCUCUGUCUGGGCCUCCCGACUUGCCAUAUGGUGACGCGUCCAGGCGCUUGGUGACAUGCAUGAGAAAGAUUCAGGACCAUGGUCGUGCCCUGGAACCGGUGGUUUCUGGCAUCACUGCAGUCUACCACCACUAUGACUUUGACUCCGAUACCCCUGGGAAUGGGUAUCGCACACUGGUCAAGGUUUUGCAGUCUUGCCUUCUGCACAUCAUCCACAAGGGACGCUACAUUGCCUCUAAUUGCCACGGGGCCUUCUUCAGGGCCGACCACAACGCCUCAGAGAUGGAAGCCUAUGGCAGUGUCCUGUGUCAGCUACGGGCCCUCCUCUACAUCGCCCAGGGAAUGCUCCACGACAACUGUCCCGGGCAGCUGUACGGCGAGCAGGACGGAGAACUGAGCAGGAGGUUGGUGAGGGAGUACGCCUCCAUGCACAAGGCCUGCUUCUACGGCCGCUGCCUGGGCUUUCAGUUCUCAUCUUCCCUUCGUCCGAUUCUGCAGUCAUUAAUCAUAAGCAUGGUCUCGUUUGGAGAGAGCUAUGAAAAACAGCAUUCCGGGUUAGGCAUGGCAGCAUUCUCCCUUCUUACCUCUGGGAAGUAUGUCAUUGAUCCAGAGCUGAGAGGAGAAGAAUAUGAGCGGAUCACCCAAAACUUGGACAUGAAGUUCUGGAAGUCCUUCUGGAACCUCACUGAAUCAGAGCUUGUAUCGGGCUUUGCCAGUUUAACCUCUACCCUAGUGCAGGUGAACCUCACCCUGACCAUACCCCCUGAACCACUACUCCUCCCCCUGGUCUCAGACCCCCGUCUCUCUGCCCCGGUGUCCCCGCCGGUGGCCCACUGGGGCCCUGGACCUGUCAACAUGCGCCUCAUCUCCUAUGAGCUUCGAGAAGGACAGGACAGUAAAGAGCUGCUGGCCUUCUCUCGUACAGAAGCUCCCCCCAUUUCCCUGUCUUUGGUACCGUUUGGUGCCCAGAAGCGUCCUCCCUCCCCCUGGCUGUUGAUCCACUUCCAUGGAGGAGGCUUCGUGUCCCAGACCUCCAAAUCCCAUGAGAACUAUCUGAAGAGCUGGUCGAAGGAUCUGAAUGUCCCGAUCCUGUCUGUGGAUUACUCCCUGGCUCCUGAGGCCCCUUUUCCCAGAGCCCUGGAGGAGUGCUUCUACGCCUACUGUUGGGCCCUCAAGAACUGCCAUCUUCUGGGCUCCACUGCUGAGCGUGUGUGUCUGGCUGGGGACAGUGCUGGGGGGAACCUCUGCAUCACUGUGUCCAUGAGGGCCAUUGCCUGCGGUGUGCGCAUCCCAGAUGGUAUUAUGGCUGCAUAUCCUGCUACCCUGCUCACCAUUGACGCCUCGCCCUCCCGCCUUCUCACCAGCUUUGACCUACUGCUACCCUUAGGGGUGCUUUCCAAGUGUAUCAACGCCUACACAGGUGUAGACUCUGAGACGGUUCAGCCUACAGAGGGAACCAGCACGUUGAGCGCUCUAGGUAGAGACACAGCCUCGCUGAUCAGUGACCUCACACACGGGGCGUCCAAAUGGAUCCAGUCCUUCUUUCCCGCAGAGGUCCUAGGGUCAUGGUCAUCGUCACAUCGGAGGUCUCUGGACAACGAGGCCCACCAGAGAUCAGUGUCGCCAUGUUCAUCCGACUCCUCCUCAGGCCCCAGGGACUACCCAGAAGGCUUUGAGCCCCUGCGCUCAGAGCGCCUGUCUGUGAUCCAGACGCCUAGCUGUCCCACCGUCAAGAACCCGUUUGUGUCGCCCCUGCUAGCCUCUGACGACCUACUGAGAGGACUACCGCAUGUACACUUAGUGGCCUCUGCACUGGAUGCCUUGUUGGAUGACUCUGUGACGUUCGCCAAGAAACUGCGGGAUAUGGGCCAACCAGUGACCCUGAGGGUGGUGGAGGACCUCCCACAUGGCUUCCUCAGCCUAUCGGGAUUCGCAGAGGAGAUAAAGGUGGCCUCAGACAUCUGCGUAGAGCGAAUCAGAGAGGUCUUCCAGCAGCAAACCCUGCCUUCCUGUACUCGCAAGUGACCAAUGUUUGAAAGGAAUAAUCAUGGGGCUGGCCAGCUGCCUAAUAAAACCAAGGUGGAAAAGUAGUUGUUGUCCUCACAAAAGUGAAAGAUAACACCCUUGCCUUUUUUGCACUAA